AAGAAGCGCAUGGUCAGUUUCCUAACAGACCGGUGAGAGACGAAAACAUUUAUUUUUUAUUUCCUUUUUGUGUGUUCUGUUCUGUUCUGUCUAACCGAGUUUCUUUUUUCUUCUCUUCGGCGGGAGAAAUUGAGUCGAUACACGACCAUGGAAGAGUCACAUAAAACGACAGCCUUGAAGAAAGCUUACGCGGAGAUUAUCCUAAACACGGCCAAGGAAUCCGCCGCUAGGGUUAUGCUUUCCGACAGAAAAUCAGCUCGCUUUCACCACGAUCUCUCCGAAACCAAGGAGGAAGCUCUUCGUUUGCUCGUCCGAUUGAAACAUAUGAUCGACGCUAAGACGAUUGAAGGAGAUGUUAUAUCAUCAAACCAGCAACGACAGAUUGAUGUGCUUGAAGCUCAGCUUCACGAGGCUGAAGAUAUUAUUACUGACCUUAGGUCUGAGGUUAGAUGGGUGAGAGAUAGAUUGGAGAAAUCUAAGGCUUUUGAGUCUCAGGAACGUAACAUUGUGAACAUGGAAGAAGAAGAAGAAACGGUUUCUGUUCAUCCAGAUUUUGUUGCUGAAAAUGAGGAAAAGCAGUUUGACGGGUUAAGUGUGGCUGAUACUUUAAAGGCUUAUGAGUCGCAGGAACGAAAUGUUGUGAGGGAGGAAGAAGAAGAAAUGGUUUCUGUUCACAAAGUUGACCCAGAGGUUAUUGUUGAAAGUUCGAAUCCGAAUCAAGAGGAUUGUAGCUCAUUGGAUGAUGUUGAAUGUGAAGAUGGUGAAAGUUUGGAGAAAGCAAAAGCUUCUGAGUUGCAGCAGGAAAGGAACCUUGUGGACAUGGAAGAAGAAAUGGUUUCUGCUCACAAGGUUGAUCCAGAGGUUGUUCUUGAAAGUGUGAAUCCUAAUCUAGAGGAUCAUAGCUCAUUACAUGAUGCUGAAUGUGAAAAUUUGGAGAAAGCUAAGGCUUAUGAGUCUCAGGAACGGAACCUAGUUGUGAACAAGGAAGAAGAAACGGUUUCUGGUCACAAGGUUGAUCAAGAGUUUGUUGUUGAAAGUUUGAAACCUGAUCAAGAGGUUGCAGAUACGUGCUUCUCUCAUGAAAAACAUUUUGACGGGUUAAGUGUUGUUGAUACUGUGAUGGGAAACGCUGUUAGUGAGUCGGAAUCUGAUGGUGAUAUCAGAAUCAAAAAGCUUGAGCUGUCUAGAAAUGGUUGUACACAGAGGAUCCAUGCUCUGGAAAGGAUAGUUCUGGAUGGGAAGUCAUCUUCUUCUGCAGAUGAAGAGGAGCAACAACGCACAACAGAAAAGGACAGUGAAGAAAGCUUGAGCUCAGGAAAAGCUGGCACUUUGGGAAACACAAGAUGUCUUGUUCUUGCACUUAGAGCUAGUAGUGCAGAGGUGGUAACACUGCCGUCAAACGCAUUAGGAAUCAAGAAAGCCAGGAAAUUAAGAGGAAGGAGAAAGAAAAGGUUUGGCAAACCAAAAGCUAAAUCGGUUAGGUCUCAGAGUCAGCUUAUAAAGCCUUGUCAAUCUCAGUCUAAUGCUACCUGUUCCAAGACAUCAACUUCAGAUGGAGAAGAUUCUAUGGAGACGCAUCUUACCGUAGAGAGUGAGGAGGUGGAUGACCUUCAAACCUGUAUAGAGUUGAAAGAACAUUUGCAGCUUAAACGUACUCUAGACAGUGAUGUGUUGGUUAGUUGUGAAGGUGAAGAAGAAAGUGUGGUGGUUCCUUCUACCAAAAUGGCUUCUGAAUCGAAAGUUGCUGCAUUAGUAUCAGAUCAAAUCAGUGAGUCUCCUCCAAGAGCCAAUGUAAAUCGACUCUUGAAGUACACAUUCCAAAGGAAACGAAAGAGAGGAUCUGCAGAUGAUACUAAUAACCUUCCAAGGAAACAUCAAGAAAACGAAGCGCAAGACCAAACUGAAACCACUUUGAGUAAAUGAACCAUCAAGAGGAAACCCACAACUAGCAGAGGUUGCCACACAUCUUAAAAUCUUUGUCUGAGAGGUGAUGGUAAUCUUUGUGCAAGGGAAACACUUAGGAACAUAUAUAAAUAUCAACUAAAACGCUUUAAGCUGAGAAGUAUGUACUUAUCUCUCUUGACACCUUAUGGAUUAUAUUUUAACUUUUCAGCUUAUUGUGAGUCAUUG